GAUUUUUGGAGUGUUCUUGGGUAAGUUUGUAACUUUCCUUCUAUUGGGUUUAGGGCCUAAGUGAUCAACCUUUCUUUGCAUGUAUUUAUAUCCAGCAUCUCCCUCUUCCGCACCAUCCCAAGUCCCAAGACUUUCAAGCACACACCACUCGCUCUUUCUCUCUCCUCUAUUAUCUAAUCUCUUUUCCUCUUUUGCCUCUAUUUGUGUCUAACUGUGAGCAUACCAGAAGGAAAGUGUGUCGAGCUGAAACCAUGAAGCAAAGCUUUCUUUCUGGUGCUCUUCUUCUCUUCUUUCUAAUUCUCAUUUCCUCUUCUCAUUUAUCUGCUCGUUUCAUAGCAAACAAACAAGGGAAAGAAAACGUAGAGCUUAGUCAAAUCACAGAUAUAGAGGGCAUUGAACUAAUGAAUCAACUAAUGGGGGUAGAAACUUGUGAUAAUGGAUCUGAUGAAUGCUUGAAGAAAAGAAUGAUCUCAGAGGCUCACUUGGACUACAUUUACACCCAGCAUCAUAGGCCUUGAACCUAUCCACAGUACGACAGCCGGUAGCUAGAAUGGGUUUUAAGGUUUAUAUAUAAUUCUAUGUAUGUUAGUGUAAACUUAUGAAUAAUGCAAGUGUUACACCUA